AUGGUUCGUCUGACACCUGAAGUUAUCGAAAAUGCUCCUCAGUAUCUCAAUCCCGUCGGACAAUAUGAACUUUGCCUGCGAGAUCUGAAAAUUCCACUGAUCGAAAAUUUAGGUGCAACAUUGAAUCAAUUCGACACACUCGAUCUGACCAACAAUGAUCUUCGGAAACUCGAUGGUUUUCCAUUUCUACCCAAGAUUAAAACACUCUAUCUGUCGAAUAAUCGUAUCACUUCCAUUGCACAAAAUCUCGAAGAAUACAUUCCGAAUUUAGAUACGGUUAUCUUAAAUAACAAUUCCUUGCAAAACUUAGCAGAUAUUGAUCCGUUAUCAACUUUACCAAAACUUGCACAUGUCAGCUUUAUUGGCAAUCCGAUUGCGAUGACGAAAGAUUAUCGACUUUAUAUAAUUCAUAUGCUACCGAAUUUACGUACACUUGAUUUCAAUCGGAUCACUAACAAAGAACGUGAGUCUGCUAGUAAAAUCUAUAAGUCCAAAUCAAGUAAAAAGAACAAGAAGAAACAAAAUCAGACGAAUACGUUUGUACCCGGUGAACAGUUAACACAACGGCCAGCAUCUCGAUUGACAAAGAAAGAUGCAGAAGCUAUCAAAAAAGCUAUCAAAGAGGCAAAAUCUCUUGAGGAAAUGGAGAAGUUAACAGCAAUGUUACAAGCCGGUCAUAUGCCGAAUCUAAAUAAUGAUGGAAACAAUGCAAAUUCGAAUACUUCAGGAACGAAUCUCAUGGAAAUUUGA